UGGGAAUCUGGGGAAUGUUAUGCAUGUAAAAAAAAAAGAAGUAGAAACGCAAAGCAGAAAUUGACUGAGUUUGGAGUAUGGCACCAAAGUAAGAAAGCAGAAGUAUACUAGAGUUUGCAGUGAGUACCUCCCUAAUACUUCCUCUCCACUUUUCCAAGCUUUGGGUCCAUGAUUGCUCAACAAUUUGUUUGGCUUUGUAUGUUAACUCUCUUUUCAGUCACCAGGUUCCAGGUAUCAUCAGUAUGCCGGCCAGACUUCCCUGGAUUGAAGACACCACCAAUGUGUCCUGGAGCUCAGCUUCCCCAGAGACCCAUCCUACUAGGGAAAGAGAGAGGCAGACUGGGAGUAUGGACCGACCAGUCAACGCCCAUGUUCAGCGAGGAAGCAAUUACAGAAGCCAGACCUUCUACCUUCUGCAACCCUCAAUGACCCUGGGUCCAUGCUCCCAGAGGGAUAGAGAAUGGGAAAGCUAUUGGGGGAGGGGGUGGGAUAUGGAGAUUGGGUGGUGGGAAUUGUGUGGAGUUGUACCCCUCGUACCCUAUGGUUUUGUUAAUUAAUCCUUUCUUAAAAAAAAAAAAAUUAAUAGGAACCAGCAGACAUGUUACAAUGUGCAAGGAUCCAAGUUCAAACCCUGGGUCCCACCUGUAGAGGGGAGAGUUUCACAACAAAGGAGCAGAAAAAAAAAAAAAGAAUGUGGGCUUCAAAGCCAGAUGAUUUGAGUCCAAAUGCAUCAUGUGCUGGUGGGAAAGUAACCAUUUCUCUGAGCAAGCAUGUCUCCUAGUCUAAGCUGAGGUAGAAUCACUAAGAUGUUAUCUGUUUGGGAGUCAGGCAGUAGCAUAGCAGGUUAAGCACAGGUGGCACCAAGCCCAAGGACUGGCGUAAGGAUCUGGUCCGGCCCCUGGCUCCCUGCCUGCGGGGGAGUCACUUGACAAGCGGUGUCUAUCUUUCACUUCAUAAUCAGGUAUCUAUCUUUCUCUCCCUCCGUCUUCCCCUCCUCUCUCCAUUUCUCUCUGUCCUAUCCAACAACGAUGACAUCAAUAACAACAACAAUAAUAACUACAACAAUAAAAAAAAAAGAGAAACAAGGGCAACAAAAGAGAAUAAAUAUUAAAAAAAAAAAAGAUGUUAUCUGUUCAAACAAGCAACCUACGUAUACUGGCUGAAUGUCCCUGGCUCUCCACAGCAGAGAUGACACAGCCUCAUUCCCUCUACCAAUCAGGAGGGUGAAGAACAGGCUUCUCUGAAAGUCUGGUGCCCCCAGAGUCCCUGAGAGACUUCCUUCAUCUCAGCCACCAGGUGGUCAGUACAGACUUACUUUAACGAAAAAUUCAGUGCUCAGUACUUAGAAUACUCUUCAGAAGGCCUAUCAGAGGUCAGGCUUUGGUGGGUGGAACAUGUGAGAAUCUCACACCUGGGCUCUGGUAAAUUCAGAGUUGGGUCAAGGGACCUUGACCUGGAGACCCUCCUGACCAGAGUGUGAGAGGGGACCGAGUCCACACAGCUGGCCUGGCCUCAGUCCCGGAACCUUGAUCCAAGGACAAGGAGACCCAUAAGACCAGGCCUACCCAGUUCCCAAAUCUCACACCUGCCACAAUGCUGCUGUUCAGUCUGACCCUUAGCGUGCUCCUCCUCGGCUCCUCCUGGGGCUGCGGCAUUCCUGCCAUCAAACCGGCUCUGAAUGCCAACCAGAGGAUUGUCAAUGGUGAGAACGCAGUGCCCGGCUCCUGGCCCUGGCAGGUGUCCCUGCAGGUAUGUGCACCCUGGGGGUGGGGAAUGGUGCUAGGUGCUCCAUGCCUUGGUGGAGCCAAGUCUCCCCUCACUUCUGACAUCUUACCCCAGGACAGCAGCGGCUUCCACUUCUGCGGUGGUUCCCUCAUCAACCCCAACUGGGUGGUCACUGCUGCCCACUGCAAUGUUGUCGCUGGCCGCCACUUUGCUGUCUUGGGUGAAUAUGACCGAUCAUCCAACGCCGAGCCUGUGCAGGUUCUGUCCAUCUCAAGGGCUAUCACCCAUCCUAACUGGAACCCCAACACCAUGAACAAUGACCUGACACUUCUGAAGCUCGCCUCCCCAGCCCGGUACACAGCACAGAUCUCACCUGUUUGCCUGGCUCCUUCAAAUGAUGUGCUGCCCUCAGGACUCACGUGUGUCACUACAGGCUGGGGCCGCAUCAGUGGUGUCGCCAAUGUGACUCCAGCACGCCUGCAACAGGUGGCUCUGCCCCUGGUCUCUGUGAGUCAGUGCCAGCAGUACUGGGGCUCAAGGAUCACCGAUUCCAUGAUCUGUGCUGGAGCCGCAGGUGCCUCCUCAUGCCAGGGUGACUCCGGAGGCCCUCUUGUCUGCUUGAGGGGGAACACCUGGGUGCUUACUGGUGUGGUCUCUUGGGGCACCAGCAACUGCAAUGUGCGGGCACCUGCUAUGUACACUCGGGUUAGCAAGUUCAGCGCUUGGAUCAACCAGAUCGUAGCCUACAACUAAGACCACUGCCACCACCCUCCCAUCUCAAUCCAAUAAAGGCCUCAGACUAUCCUCUGUA